AUGCAACCCCAAGUUGUACAAGUUCCUCUGCCCAUUCUUCUCCUCCCAAGUCUCUUGCUCCACAUAUUCAUUCCAUUAACUCAUCCAAAAUCCACUAUUGAACCCUGCAACUCUUCUGAUUCUUGCCUCUCUCUUCUCUAUUACAUCCUACCUUAUGAUUCAAAGCUCUCCGAGAUAGCCUACCGCUUCCAAGCCAACAUCUCUGAUAUCUUAGGUGCUAACUCCAUUGCUCCCACAACUCUUGGUGACCAAAUAUUUGAGACCAAAUCCAUUUUCAAAGUCCCUGUUUCCUGCUCAUGCGUGGAUGGUAUCCGAAGGUACAUGUCGACAACUUACACUGUCCGGCCAGCUGACACAGCUGAUUCAAUAUCAGAAGGUUUUGGUGGGUUUGUGAGUGCAGAACAGAUUAAGAGUAGUAAUGGGAUUAAUGCUACGAAUCCGUUAAUGAGUGGGCAGAGCCUUGUAAUACAAUUGCCAUGCACAUGUUUUGGCAAUGUUAACAAUGGUAUUCCUGCAGUCUAUAUGUCAUAUGUGGUGAAAAUUGGAGAGAGUUUGGAUAAUAUUGCGACAGAAUUUGGCACAACUACUAUGGAGUUGGAGGGUAUUAAUGGGUUAGGACAACCUGUGGUAAAUCCAGGAGAUAUACUCUCUAUUCCAAUUUCAGCAUGUUCAUCUGCCAACUUGAAGUGGUAUAAGGAGAGCUUAAUAGUAGCAAAUGGUUCAUAUGCUUUAACUGCCAGUAGCUGCAUUAAAUGUGUUUGCGGACCGAAUGAUUUCAAUUUGAGAUGUUGGCCAUCUGGUAUUGCACCUUUAUGCUAUGAUCAGUUGCGGUGCAAGGACUCUGAUCUUUUUAUAGGCGACUCCCUUGUCCACAAAACGCCAUUUGGUUGUAAGGUUACUUCUUGCAUUUAUCGUGGUCAUAAUGGAGGCAAAAUUUAUAGAAGGUAACACAACAGUUUUUCAUUUAAAAAAAAAUGAUUUAAGAAUUAGAACAGUUCUUUCUAACCAUUAAAAAUGGAGUAUAUAUGCCUAUAAAUUAAAAUCUAAGCAUUUGAUUUAAUGAUUAAUU